AUGCUUGAUACAGGUUUAAUUGUGGGUGGGCUCGCGAAUAUUUCCAACACGGAGACUAGCAUCAGGGCAUGGUUCAACUUCCAUGAGGAGUUCUUCUUCUUGUUCCUGCUUCCCCCAAUUAUAUUAUAUCCUUGCAGAAAGCCAUUUUUUUCUAACUUUGGUGCCAUAGUCACAUUUGCAAUUUUUGGUACAUUUGCUGCUUCUAUUGUCACCGGAAUUUUGGUAUACCUUGGUGGAGUGACAUACCUUAUCUACAAGCUUCCUUUUGUUGAGUGUCUGAUGUUUGGGGCUCUUAUCUCAGCUACUGAUCCUGUCACUGUUCUCUCAAUAUUUCAGGAGCUUGGUACAGACGUGAAUCUGUAUGCUUUGGUCUUUGGCGAGUCUGUGCUGAAUGAUGCAAUGGCAAUUUCAUUGUACAGGACAAUGUCGAUGGUGAGGAGUCAUAUGUCAUCAGGUCAAAACUUCUUCAUGGUCGUGGUCAGAUUUCUCGAGACUUUUGUUGGCUCAAUGUCAGCAGGUUUGUUGCAAGGAUCAUAUAAAAUACUUAUUAUCUUUCUGCUCAAUAUGCUGUACAGUCUUCAAAACUUGGAGUGCUGCCUCUUUGUUCUCUUCCCAUAUUUCUCAUACAUGCUAGCAGAAGGAGUUGGUCUCUCUGGUAUUGUGUCCAUCUUAUUCACUGGAAUAGUUAUGAAGCACUACUCUUUCUCAAACUUGUCAGACAGUUCUCAGAAGUUUGUAUCUGCAUUUUUCCAUCUGAUCUCAUCCUUGGCGGAGACUUUUGUAUUUAUUUACAUGGGAUUUGACAUUGCAAUGGAACAACACAGCUGGUCUCAUAUUGGAUUUAUCUUCUUCUCAAUUGUAUCCUCGAGUUCUGCAAAUGUUUUCUCGUGCGCGUAUUUGGUGAAUUUGUUUAGACCUGCGCAUAGGAAAAUACCGAUGAAGCAUCAGAAAGCACUUUGGUACAGUGGGCUCCGAGGGGCUAUGGCUUUUGCGCUUGCCUUGCAGUCGGUUCAUGAUCUUCCUGAAGGGCAUGGUCAGACAAUUUUCACUGCCACUACUGCAAUAGUUGUUUUGACAGUCUUGCUGAUUGGAGGAUCAACUGGAACCAUGCUGGAAGCUUUACAAGUUGUUGGUGAUGGAGUUGAUAGCCCAUUGGGCGAAAGCCUCGACUCAAGCAAUAGCUACAGAGCUCCUACUUAUGAGGGUGAAUCAUCAUCAUCAGGGAAUCGUUUUAAGAUGAGGCUUAAGGAGUUGCGCAAGAGCACUGCAUCUUUUACAGAACUGGACAAGAAUUAUCUCACCCCGUUUUUUACAACUCAAAAUGGCGAUGACGACGAGCAAGACGCCCUUUUUGGCGAUUCCAGGAGAGAAGGUUAUCAUUGA